CAUAAGUUAAUGUAAGAGAAACAAGGUUGAGAAAAAUAGCAUGGAAAAAUCCCUUCCCUCUUCACCCUUCUCCAUUUUCGUCCUCCUCCUCCUCCUCCUCCCCUUUCUCACUCACCAUGUCAAACCAAUCAACGGUUUCCCUCUUUCCACCGACUGUCGGUGGAUCGUUGACGACCAUACCAAGCAACGAGUCAAGCUAGCGUGCGUCAACUGGGUUUCCCAUCUUGACACAGUUGUGGCGGAGGGGCUGAGCAAGCAGCCCUUGGACAUGAUCUCCAAGCAGAUUGUGUCUAUGGGGUUCAACUGUGUCCGCCUCACUUAUCCUACUUUUCUCGCCACCGACGACUCCUUGGCAUCUCUCACCGUUCGGCAGUCAUUCCAGAACCUCAACUUAACAACAUUCAUCGCCGGUAUCGAGAAAAAUAAUCCGUUCUUCCUUGAUCUCUCCCUUAUUCAAGUUUAUCAGGCAGUAGUGUCCAACCUUGGGGACAACAACAUAAUGGUCAUACUAGACAAUCAUUUAACCAAGCCUGGCUGGUGUUGCAGUAACAACGACGACAAUGGAUUCUUCGGUGACAAAUACUUUAACCCCGAUCUAUGGAUCCAAGGCCUAACCCGGAUGGCCACCCUGUUUAAAGGUGUCUCAAAUGUAGUCGGCAUGAGCCUCAGAAACGAGCUUAGAGGCCACAAACAGAAUGUGGGUGAAUGGUACAAUUACAUGCCAAAAGGUGCUGAAGCAGUGCACUCAGCCAACCCAAAUGUCCUUGUCAUCCUUUCCGGCUUGAGUUUUGACACAGACUUGUCGUUCCUAAAAACCCGACAAGUGAACCUUUCCUUCACCGGAAAACUAGUUUUUGAGAUGCACUGGUAUAGUUUUACGGACGGAGGUGUGUGGGGAACUGGAAAUCCCAACCAGGUUUGCGGAAAAGUGUCACAGAGGGUGAUGGAUGCAGGGGGAUUUUUGCUGCAGCAGAAGUACCCAUUGUUUUUGAGCGAGUUCGGGUUGGACCAGCGAGGUACCAAUUUGAAUGACAACAGGUACUUGAAUUGCCUGAUGGGGUUAGCAACUGAGCUUGACUUGGACUGGGCGUAUUGGACACUGCUUGAGAAUUAUUACUUGAGAGAGGGGGUCAUUGAUGCUAAAGAAAGUUAUGGGAUCUUGCACUGGAAAAGGUGUGAAAUCAGGAAUUCAACUAUGCUCCAAAAAAUUUUAGCCCUGCGACAUCCUUUCCAAGGGCCAGGACAAGAAUCUGGACUUCAUAAAGUGAUUUUUCAUCCGGGAACGGGACUUUGUGUCCAGAAACAAACAUUGAAUGAGACAUUGCCAUUGGGUGAUUGUUCAAAAUCUGAAGCUUGGAGUUACACAACAGAGAAGAGUUUAGUGCUAAACGGGACAUCUUUCUGUGUGCAAGCUGAUGAAUUGGGGAAGUCUCCAAAACUUGGGGUUAACUGCAGUGACUCCAAUUCAAAGUGGGAAAUGACAUCGGAUUCAACGAUGCAUCUUUCAUCUAAGCUAAGCAAUGCCAAUGGUACAUUGGUUUGCCUAGAUGUGGACUCUAGCAGCAGAGUUGUUAUAAAUCCAUGCAAAUGCUUGAGCGAAGAUCAUACAUGUGACCCUGCAAGCCAAUGGUUCAAACUAGUUGACAGCACAAGGAGUCCUUCCACAUAAGUCUUUCACUUUAAUGAUUUAGUAUUAUUUCUUUUCAAGGAAGCCAUCUAUAAUCCUGAGCUGGUGUGGUGGGCUUUGAGAAGGGUAACACGACUCGAAUUUUGGGAUGAGUGAGGUAAUGUUCAAUCAAAGAGAAGGAUUAAUUUUUUUUAAUAGAAAAAGAAUACUUUUAUUAUAUUGUUUAUCAUUGUUAUUUUUUUAAAAAAAAACUCAGCAAUAAGUAAGAAGAUUUCAA